AUGGUCGGAGUAUUACCAGAGCCCGGCGAGGGACAUGGCGAUCUCCUUCUGUCCAUACCCACUGAUGAGGAACUACGUCAGGUCGGCACUGAACGCGCCCCUAUCGAAAGAACCAGGAAGUCCGCUCGAUACCAGGAUUUAUGCGAUAGUUUUCGCGAUGAUAUUCGUGGUAGCGACGAUAAACUCAGGCUCUCGGCGUGCAAUUUCGAGCUGCAAUACGCCAGUACCUAUUUCGCCAGGCUAAACAUGCUCAAAAACGCCAUCGUGGAGGCUGCUAUGGCGAAGUGGGUCGCCACCAGAGUCAUCCCUUCUGACCAUCUCUUGGAGGGGAUCGGACAUGUCACUGAUCGGGAGCGCGGGGUUACCGUGGCCAUAUACGGCUGUGUGGUAAAGGAGGUGAAAUUACGUCCGUCGGUUUUGGCCGAAAUACAGAAAACUGCAGGGAUCAGUGGCAUCCACCCAGCCAUGACGUCGGAAGGGUACUCCAUGACGGAUUCCUAUGCCUCUGAUGAGGACAAGAUCUACCUCGAGGACAGCAGCUCUCGUAUACGGUUAGUCGUGAGAGAGGGCGCUACGGUGGACUUGAACAGGCUUUGUCAAGGACUGGUCCUAGCAUUCAAAGGCACCAGGGGCCGGGGGUGCUUUGAAGUUGAUGAAAUGGUGUGCCCUCUACCACUUAUCCCGAAGGGUAUACCUAGCAGUAGGGAUGCCGAGUAUGUUGGCUUCGUCAGUGGACUACGCCUUGGGCAAGAGUCAAUGGCUCGAUCAAUGCUGGCGGAGUGGAUCACUGGAGCUGCUGUCGAUAAGGCCGAGACUGACGCUGCCCCGUCAGCCAUGGUGAGGCUGAUCAUAGCUGGUGACACGUUGGGGGGUGUCACCACUCAGGCCGACUUGAACGGCGUCGAUAAGUUCCUAGCAAGAGUCGCCAGGUCAGUGCCAGUGACUAUCCUGCCGGGCGCACAGGAUCCGGCCAACUUCGCUCUACCACAACAACCAUUGCACUCUGCACUAUUCCCGGAGUCUAGGAAGAUCAUGGACCUCACUGCGGAGACAAACCCGGCCAGGUUCCAAGUUGGCGACUGUGUUUUCCUCGGUAGUACAGGGGCAUGCGUGAAGGAGGUUACACAGUAUUCAACAACCACCAACGUAUUGGAUGCUCUGGAGCUGACAGCGAGGGGCCGCGUGAUAGCUCCUACGGCACCAGAUACGAUUGCUUGCUAUCCGUUCCCUAGCUUCGACCCUCUGGUCAUCACUGAUGAGGAGCCUGUUGGCCAUGUGAUGUUCUCGGCCAACCACGACAAGGCCGAAUUCAGAGUAGUUGAUCUCGGAAAUGCCAAAGUCACUCUGCUGUCGGUCAGUGCAUUCACUUCUGAUCCGAUACUGUUCCUGGUUAAUAUCAACGACCCGGUCGAUGUGAAGAGGGUUAGCUUCCGAGCUGAUGGCAUCUCAGAAGAACAGAAGGACGAUGCUGAUACCCCAAUGGACGAGUCUUCAUAA